AUCAGAGUUUGGGAAUAUUUCCCAUUUUAUCCUUUAAAAAAAAAAAAAAAUCACAAUUCUCAUUCAUUCCAGGUUUUAGUGGCUAAAAACCCCAAUGGAUCUGAUGAUCGGCAAUCCAUUGCAAAGCCUGGCUGAGCCUGUAUGACAGACAGCCUAUCAGGGCAGCAGCCGUGAGCUGGAGGAUGUGAGGACACAGGUGAGAGAGAGAGCAGCCUCGCUGCUAGAAUCCAAUCCAAUCCUGGGAGAGGUCAUCUAUCGACCGCUCGGCUCUCUGCUGCUUCCGCCUGCCUGCCGGUGGGCUGGGACUGUGACGUGUAGGCUUCUGGAGCUCUCAGCAGUUCCGACUCGGGCAAGAGCAGGCAAGGUAAGGGCCAGCUGGGACUCUGCCGGAGGGAGGGGGGCUACUAACAGGCCGCCGCUCACACACACACACACCGCCGCUCCCUCCCUGUCACGCGCCCGGGCCCCUCAGCUCAGGACGCGGGAGCCGCAGUCUCCCCCCCUCAGCCACCGACCCUCGCCCUGCCUCGUCGGCACAGAACGAGAGGCGGAAGUGAGUUGUGCCUUUGCCAGGCACGCCGGGAAAUGUAGUCCGAACACCGGCAGGCUUCCAUCUGCAGGGCUCUCUGAAAAACUACAAAUCCCAUGAGGCCUUGUGGUGCCGUGAAAGAAAAAAGGGGGUCUAUGGCUCAUCUGGUCCAUUAUUCAUUCUCCCCUCACCCUGCAGGGAUCCAGUGAGCUCUGUAUUAAUAUAUAUAUAUAAACAUAUAUUACACAGAGCACACAGUAUAAAUAUAUAAACAUAUAUUACACAGAGCACACAGUACCCCAGAGCCACCAUCCUGGUGUGUUUGUAGGGUCACAUGAUUGACACAUGGAUAAUGUAUAUUGAUUAAAAUGGGAUAUUAAUGGGAGAUUGGCCCAGUUUAAACACUGGGCUGCCAUUUCCAGACACCAGGGCCUGUGCUCUCUGUCAUGGCUAACCUUUGGCACUCCCCAUUUGUUGUGAGAGACAUUCCCCAUGGUGAUCACCCAGCCAAAUGGUUGGAAAAAAAACCCCAUCGUGUCAAAUGUAGUUCACAGCAAAUACAGUGCCAGAGGCUAGCCAAGGUGGCCUAUAGCCUAUAUAUGGCUUUACAAUCAUUGGUGUCCAGCCAUUAUUUGUUGACAGUGUCAUGAAUCCAUGGUGCAAUCCUAGAAAUCAAUUUAUUUUUUAACAUGAUUUAUCAUAAUUCAUUACAAACAUUUUAUUAUUAUUAUUAUUAUUAUUAUUAUUAUUACUGGUGUAGUAUACGCCAGGAUUUUAUAAUCCACGUGUCCUGUUCGUCAUCUUGAUGAUGAUGAUUAUUAUGUUAUUUGUAUAGCGCCAUCAAAUCCUGCAGCGCUUUACAGUGGGUGGACAAACAGACAUGUAGUUGUAACCAGACAGGUUGGACACACAGGAACAGAGGGGUUGAGGGCCCUGCUCAAUGAGCUUACAUUCUAGAGGGAGUGGAGUAAAAUGACACAAAAGGUAAGGAUAGUAUUAGACUAGUGACAUUAUUGUAUUUAUUCAGUAACCAGCAAAUUGUAGUGAAUUGAAAAAUCAAAUUUCAAAUUAGGCUGAAAUAGUUGCUCUGGAAAACAAUCUUUUACUCGGCUACAGUCACAAUUUGUCCAUUUUGAUUUUAAUUCACCAAAAUUCUGAGUUGGUGAAUAUACCUCCUGUGUGUCAUUACACGGUUAAACGGAUACCCCAAGCACCAUAAUCAAUAUAGCAUGCUGUAGUGUUUAUGUUGCCAGGAGUCCCCUGAUUGCAUCUCACAGUAAGCUGCAAAAUGUUUACAAACAAUUACCUUUUUUUUUUAUUGGGCACCAGUGGCCCUUCUGGUCUGCAGUGAUAGUUUAAACUUCAAUAUCAGCUUUGGUUUUUAUUCAUUGACUGAGAAUGUCGGCUGAAAAAUGCUUCAAUCGUGCAAAAAUGUGUUGCUUUUGUAAAGAAGACAAUUUGAUCUGUUUGUCAUGUAAAGAGAAAUUCUAGCAAAAGUAUAAAGGAAAAGACACUAAGCUACCUAACCGCUACAGGCCAGUGGUUGAUACGUCUAGAGUGCCUCAGGUACCUUCUCACGGUUUAAUGUUACCUUUGGUUUGAUAGGAGAUGUGGCUUUAACCCAGGCUUCCCCAAACUCUGGCCCUCCAGAUGUUGCUGAACUACAACUCCCAUGAUUUUCAGCCUAUCUAUUUCAUUCAUAGAAUCAUGGGAGUUGUAGUUCAGCAACAUCUGGAGGGCCGGAGUUUGAGGAAGCCUGCUCUAACCGGUACAAAGAGAUCUCUCCCAUCUUGUCCACACUGAUAACCCUUCAACAUUAUCAGUGUCCAUUUCACCCAGCUUGGUGCAGUGAAUGGCUGAGAGUGUUGCACUAAAUCGCUUUUAAGCCAAUCAGUGUUAUCAAUGCUGGUCAAAAUUGGCACGUGGAGGCUUUAAUUCUGGGUGUUCAAUGCAACUGAGAUUGGGGUGCACACUUGGUGAGCCAAAGUUUAUAACAAAGAUUUGAUAUUAAAAUGUUGGACAGUGUCAGGAGACUCUAGGCAACUUGAUUAGUAGAGAGUGUUCCUUUUGCAUUCGCAUUUCUGCUUAAAUGAGGAGUUAUGGGACUAUCAGGCUCUUGACUAUGGUAUGUGAUCGUAUUCCAUAAAUCAUCAAGCAGGGGUUUCGUUUAUGUAGUUAGGCCUCUGGCAACCGUUCCAAUCAUCACAUAGGAAGGGUGGAACUGCUGAAUAAACCAAUAGCAGCCACACCACGGCUGCUAUCAGUUUGCAAGUCUAAUUUAAAUGUUUUAGAAUGAGCAGUCCUUGUUAGUAUGUACAGUCUCUACUACCUCUGCUUCUAACAAACAGAUACAUCUUUAUAUCCACAAGUGUUUUAAAGUAAUGAACGUACAAAUACAACUGACAAAAGCUUUAUUAGCUAAAAGAGUGUCAUGCAAUCUAUAUGCUUUAUCAUGCUUUAUCAACAGGUGAAGCUUGUUAAAGGAACACUAUAGUCACCAAACAUCUUAAUGAAGCAGUUUUGGUGUAUGGAUCAUGCCUUUGAAGUUUCCACUGCUUAGUUCGCUGCUAUCUAGUAGCUAAAUCACUGUUGUUCCUUUUUAUACAGCCCUGGCCACACACCUACCCAGGCUGUGAUUCACACAGCCUGCAGGAAAAAAAUGGUUUAAUUUUCAAUCAGAUGUUAACUUACUCCUACUUUGUUAAUUGAACUUUAAGCACACACUGGAGGCUCCUGUGUAGUAUAGAAGGCUAUUAACAGUGCAGGAGAUAAAGAAAUCCUAAAUUAAACACACUGUGCAAUAAUGGAUGUCUAAAUAUUAGAUCUCACUUUACAGGAAGUGUUUAGGAAGGAUGUGUAACAUGCUGGGUGCUGUGGCUGCAUAAACAAAGUGAUUUAACUGUUAAAUGGCAGUGAAUGAUCCGUACAACAAAACUGCUUCAUAUAGGGUCAGUUAUAUAAAAGUUUGUUCCUGACCCUAUAGUGUUAAAAACACUAAUUAGGUGGCUCCAUCCUUCUCCCGUUCCUUGCCUCCCUUGAAUGAGACUUACCUUUAUUCCAUCGCUUUCUGGGUCUGCCAGCACUGGCCCUGGCUAAGAUCAUCAGACUUAAUUAUCUCAGCCAAUCCAAUGCUUUCCCAUAGGAAAGCAUUGGGAGGCUAAUGCAGGCGCGCAGCAAAAUCACCCCCUCUGCAUCAAUCAGCAUCUCGUCAUAGAAAUGCAUUAAAGGACCACUAUAGCGCCAGGAAAACAUACUCGUUUUCCUGGCACUAUGACCCCACCCUUAGGGUCCCCCUCCCGCCAGGCUAUAGGGUGAGGAAGGGGUUAAACUUACCUCUUUCUCCAGCGCCGGGCGGGGAGCUCUUCUCCUCCUCAUCGGCUGAAUGCGCAUGUGCGGCAAGAGCCACGCGUGCAUUCAGCCAGUCUCAUAGGAAAGCAUUCACAAUGCUUUCCUAUGGACGCUGGCGUCUUCUCGCUGUGAAAAUCACAGUGAGAAGCACGCAAGCGCCUUUAGCGGCUGUCAGUGAGACAGCCACUAGAGGCUGGAUUAACCCUAAUAUAAACAUAGCAGUUUCUCUGAAACUGCUAUGUUUCUAGAAAAAAGGGUUAACCCUAGAUGGACCAGGCACCCAGACCACUUCAUUAAGCUGAAGUGGUCUGGGUGCCUAUAGUGGUCCUUUAAACCAAUGCAUAUCUAUGGUGAAUGUUCAGCACCUCUAUGCAAAGCAUGGAGUCGCUGAACCUCAGCAGUGACCCAGGAAGCACCUUGAGUGGCCGUCUGACUGACUUUUACUUGAGGUGUCCCUAGGCAGCAAUGAAAACACUGCCUUUUCUCAUCAAGUGUAGGGUUCUGGUGACUAUUGUGUCCCUUUAAGUUGUUUUGGUGACUAUAAUGUCCCAUUUUAAACAAAUUUGUUUUCCUGGCACUAUAGGGUUAAUAGGUCCCCCUCCCUUGGAGAGCCCUCCUUCAGCCACUUACCUUAAUACAGCGCCGAUGUCCCUCGGCGUUGGGUCAGGCUCCUCCCCCGCUGUCAGCCAGUGGGGGAGACCUAGUGCGCAUGCGCGGCAAUGGCAUUAUUCAAUGCUUUCCUAUGGGGAAAAGCUGACGCAGGUCUGUGAGGAUUUCCAGCGUAACAUAACAAACAGAGUGCAGACUUAAAGCUGCAAUGUAAACAUUGUAGUUCUCUGAGUUUAACAUUGCAGCACUAAGUGCAAAAGGGUCACAGCACCCAGACUACUUCAAUUAGCUGAAUUGGCCUACAGUGCCCUUUUAAGUUAAUGCUAAUAUUGCUUGUCAUUUCAUGCACUGUUUGUUUGAAUGUAGUGGAUAAAGACAUAUGUUAUUUGUUCUGAGUAGUGUUGAGCUGAGGAAUGGUUUCACAUUAGCACUGAUUCUAUAUAGAAGCCUUUUACCUUGCACUGGGCUGCCCAGGGUGGUUCUGGUAGGUACCCAAUCGCUAGUAGACAAGUGUUUUUUUUUGUUUUUUAUUUUUUUUUUUAUUGGUUUUUGUUUGAUUUUAACCUAUGCACAAUUACAAUUACCCCACUAUAUUAGUUACAUUGUAAUUAGUUGCCAUCCAUACUUAUACUAUUUGUCUGUUUGUUGAAUUUGCGUAGCUUUUCCUAAAAAUUAUUUCAAAGUAUUCCUGCAGGUGAAAAUGAUCCUUUUUGAAGCAAUCUCUAUAGUUGUAACAAUUUAAUUAUUCACGAAGAUGGAAAUGAUGGACAGUUCACAGUUCACAGUGGAAAUGGCACAUUUUAGGCAAGAAGAGUUUGUUCCUAAAGUGUGCGUUUUCCUCAUCAUUUCUGUACGGUUGCCCAAUCAAGUCUGCCUACUAACACUUUGUUUUCCUUUACAUGACCUACUUUGAUAAUCGCAGGUAAGUCAAGAUUAUUAAUUGGGUACCUUCCAGUGUCUACAAUUACUGCAACAUUCGUGAAAAACACACACGUUUAGUUACCCUGUAUUGCAAAUGUUGACUAAAUAUUAUGUACAGAUAAUUUAAAUGCUAUGUUUAACUUAAAGGGACACUUUAGUCACCAAAGUUACUUUUGCUUAAUAAAGCCGUUUUGGUGUAUAGAGCAUGCCCCUUCAGUCUCAUUGCUCAAGUUUGUUUAGGAGUUAAAUCACUCUGCUUUUGCAGCCCUAGUUACACCUCCCUGCAUGUGAUUUACACACUUUCCCUACACAUUGCCUGAAAUAAUUUUAGAAUGGUUUGAUUUUUUUAUUUGGAGUCUGCUAGGUGCGGCUUCCCACAUGUCUUACAGUCAAACUCCUCGUACAGGGAGAGGAACUUUCAGUGCUCUAGAUGUUGUGGACUACAUCUUCCAUGAUGCUCGCACAGCCAUAAUGCUGGCAAAGUAUCAGGGGAGAUGUAGUCCAAAACAUCUGGCAUGCCAAAGGGUACCAAUCACCGGCCUAGUAGGAGCUUCCUUUGGCUCUCCUGAGAUCUAGCUCAUUGGCUGAGACCCAGCUGAUUGCCUUGACCUGCACCGCUAGGCUUAGCUCAGGCAAGGGGGCUUCCUGCUCUCGCACCAGAAAGGACGAGGCAGGAACCCAAAAAAGAAGCCAACAUGUUAGAGAAUGAUUUGAAACUUCCUUUGUGAUGCUGACUUACUGAUUUCUUUGCAGCAUACUAGUAUAUGAAUAGAGUGAUGUUAGUCACUACAUUCUUCUAUUUCAUAGCCAGCGCUAACCACAUUGAUUAGCGAGUUACCAUAGCAACCACAGAACAUGCGCUAUGGCUGCGAUGCUUGGAGACCAGAAGUACUGCCUGUAGAACGUCCUCUGCUCUCCCUGUCGUUCAAUUCUUCAGCACAGAGUCUAUGCCAAAGAUUCGUUGACAGGUCUAGGAAAGACUUGUUUUUUUAAAUAGGUUUUUCUCCCAUUAACAAAUUUGCAUUGUAAAAUGCAUAGAUGGAAUUUUAUGCUCCUUUAGAAAGCAUGGCAGUAACCCUUUAAAGGAUCACUAUAGUGUCAGGAAACCAAAAAGUUUUCCUGACUCUAUAGUGCCCUCAGGGUCCCCCCUCCCGUGGCGCUAUGGACGCUCUGCGCGAUGGAGGCGAAAUUCGCCUCUAGUGGCUGUCUAGAAGACAGCCACUAGUGGCUGGAUUAACUCCAAAUGUAAACAUAGCAGUUUCUGUAAAACUGCUAUGUUUGCAUCUAAUGGGUUAAAACCUGAGGGACCUGGCACCCAGACCACUUCAUUGAGCUGAAGUGGUCUGGGUGACUAUAGUGUCCCUUUAAGGUUAACACUAAGGAGAGGCACUUUAGAGGUGUACAUUUUGGUUUGAAUGAGGAAUAAUGCUUUUCUGAUUUACUGUAGGCUAUUUUUACUCGGCCUCUCCUGUGAAGUCUUCACACCACCUGCUUUGUCCCAUAGGAUGUGAUCCUCUCCCAGGAUCACACAGAAACAAAUGAUGAUGAUAUUGUUCACACCAAAAAGACUGUGCCUGCACGUGUGCCAAUACCUAGCAUAGAAAUCCUGUCUUUCUACAUGUAAACAUGACCUGCAGUAAUGCUGGGACUUCACAGUUUUCUUAUGCAUUCAUCUGAUUGUUCUUAAAAUAGGAAUAUCAAAGCAUCUGACUGAUCUGUACUGCACUAAAAUGCACUGAUCUGUUUCAUCAUUCGGUGCAUCCAAUCUCAGCUCUGUCAAUGGCAGUUUCUCUAAAUUUCCCCAUUCCAUUCAUUCAUUUCUGCUGAGCCAAGCUACAUGCAGUCACCAGCCAUAGCGUCACUGUGUUUCCUGCUGAUGAUGCAGUGCAUGGGAUGUCAUGUGGAGACUGCAGCCCAUUAUUCUCUCCAUCACACCUACAAAUUAUUGUGUGAUUUCUGUUCAUGUUCGUACAAAUAAAGUUUUCUGUUCCCCACCCCACCCCCAGGGUGCAUUAGUCAUUAUUUUACGUAAGUGUGACACAACAAGUACUAGAAAUUUGGGAUUCUGUAGAAUAAAACAGAAAGCAUGUUUACUUCUGUUGCCUCCAAGGCAUGCUUUUAUUUUAUUAAACAUUUAUUUAUUUUUUUAAACUAAUUAAUUUUUUUUAAAUCAAGUUGACACGAAGGGCUAGGCAUGGGAUUAAAAUCACAUUAACCCCUACAGUGCAGCCCCUGUGCUCAUUUGUAGUCUGACCGUAUUACCAAGGUAGCAUAAAAUUAUAUAUAUCGAGGCUUCUAAAAUACUUCUGUCUUAAAGGGUUAAACUAGACCCUCGUGCGACUCAGUACACAAACCUGGAUGACUGGAUUCAUGAAAAGGCUUUAUUUUUCUAUCACUGGUGCAAAAUAGAUGUUCCCAUUUUUUUUUUUUUUUUUUUAUAAACCACAGCACACCUAUGUAGGAUGGGCAAACUGGUUAUAUGUAAAUAAAGUCAAGGUACAUACAAGACGUGUUCUGUUGCCUGCUGCUUAGUUACAUUUUCUGCCCCCUCUGAGCUUGUUAAUUUUGGAUAUUAAUUUUAUUUUUUUGUAUCUGCACUUUUCUUUCUCAUUGCUUUUGAUACUGUGCAAAAUGUAAAUCGUCUGGAUUUGAGAGUGAAUGUAAAAUUUUGGGCCAGUAUAGCUGCUGAAAUUUUACAGCUUGACUAUUUUGGCUUAUUAAGAUUAAUAUCCACCAUAAUGUCUUCACUAGCACAACGUUUUAAUAUUAUCAAAAUAGAGCUAAUUACCAUUUGUAAUUGGUUAUUUGUUCCUUUUAAAGAAGAACUUUCACAUCACAAGUAAUGGUGCUCUGAUAAUAAUAGUUGGCUACUGUACUAUGUAUAGAGCUUAAAACCUGAAGUCCGAUGUUACUAGCCAUGCAUUAAAAGUUACUCACCUCUGCAAGCCAUAGUAUACCCUCCAGGGGAUAGUGUAAAAAAGCAGAACUGUCUCCAACUAAAAGGUGAUAGUUCUCUUUUUUCCUUAAAGGGACACUAGAGCCACCCAGACCACUUCAGCUCAAUAAAGUGGUCUGGGUGCCAGGUUCCUCUAGGGUUAACCCUGCCUGCUGUAAACAUAACAGUUUUAGAGAAACUGCUAUGUUUACAUUUGGGGUUAAGCCAGCCUCUAGUGGCUGUCUUCCGGAAAGCCACUAGAGGCGCAUCUGCGACGCUGGAGGCCUAUUAUGCCUCCAUCACGCAGAGCGUCCAUAGGAAAGCACUGAGAAAGGCUUUCCUAUGGACACUUUGAAUGCGCGUGCAGCACUGCCGCGCAUGUGCAUUCCGCUCCGCUGACGUCAGACGGGGGAGGAGAGGUAAGGGAGCCCGGCGGUGGAAUAAGGUGAGUAACUGAAGGGGUUUUACCACUUUAGCACCACGGGAGGGGGACCCUGAGGGUACUAUAGUGUCAGGAAAACCGAUUUGUUUUCCUGACACUAUAGUGAUCCUUUAAAUUUAGCAUUAUUUCUGAAACCAUCAAAAUGACUAAAUGUUUAAUUUGUGUCCUAUUUUUAAAAUUUGCUUUGAAUUUACUAUUUGUCAUGCCAAAAUGGCUCAUUGAAUAUAAUCCAUCAUUACAUUUUUAUUCCCAAUGCCACCGUGGGCUUUUUUCUUCAUGAAUACUUCAUUUUGUUGUUUCCACAGAAACAGGAUGUCGGAAGGGGACAGCAUCGGAGAGUCAGUUCAUGGCAAGCCCUCUGUUGUGUUUCGGUUCUUUUCAAGAUUUGGACAGGUAUGUCUUUGCACAUACAAAUCUAUUCACUAAAAUGUGACUUGACAGGAAUUCAAAGUAAAUGUCUGAUACUAGGGCAAAAAAAGUGGAAAAUGCUUUCUUUGUUUUCCGUUUGGUUUACAGCCAAAACGAGUGUUUUAAGCACCUUGAGUUUUCUUAAAGUUCCAAGUCCAUCGUGAAAAGGCUUUGGUUUCUUUGCAGCUGUUUAUAUUGCCUAUUCAGCUAAUAAGUGACAGCAGAACAGUUGAAUGAACUACUCAUAAUGAAGCAGACAGUAAACGUUACAAUACAAGAUUAAUUCUAUUAAAAAGUUCAGUGGCCUUUGAGAAGUAGCUUUUAUAGAACAUUAGUGUCCAACUUUGGCACUGAAGACUUGCUGAGCAUCAUGGGUAAUGUAUUUCAUAAAAAUCCACACUACGAAGAUUAACUAUUAGUUAUACCUUCAUUUUAUUUUAUUUUAAAAUAACCCCUCUCUUUUCAGGACACAUGGAAUCUGUGUGCAGGGGUGGGAUGUUUAAGGAAGCAUUCCAGUCUGAAAUUAACAUAUAUUAGUUUUUCUUUUUCACGCAUAAAAAAAGUAAUCAUAACAAAUCCACAAUAAUAAAAUAUAAAAAAUACUUCUAACAGUUAAAGUUUAGGCGUUAUUUAGCAGAUUUCAGUGCUUUUUUUUGCGCAGCCUCAGUUGCAUAGAAUAGUUUUUCUACAACUUGUGAAAUCUGCAUUAGAACUACAACUCCCCUAAACCAUUGUUGUGCACCCAAAUGGCAUUAAAAUCAGUUUUAUUGGAUAUGGCAGGUUAGGAAGGAAGGACACAAAGGGAGCUGUACACAGGUGGAGGUAUUUUAGAAUGAAGGAGGUCAGACAGAGGAAACUGCUAAGACGCAGACCUCUGCAAAAUGUUUAUUUAUUGUGAAAAAAUACAUGUAAUUAUUUCUGAUGAAAGCUAUAAAACAUAUGUUAGUGCCUAGACGGUCCCUUUAACAAACAUCCUGAUCAAGGCUUAAACCAAGGGUAGGUAGGCUACAUUCGGCACACCAGAUUUUGCAGAAUUCAUGACUACUGAUGCUUUGCCAACAUUAUGGCUGCAUGAGCAUUAGGGAGAUGUAGUCCAUGACAUCUGGAGAAGCAACGGGUUGUCUACCCCUGGCUUCAACAAUGAUGAGCUCCAGAGAGUUGGAUCAUAAAACAAAACCGAGCCUAGCAUGUGUCCAAUUAUUUAAUUUAUUUAAUUUUUGGAUGUGAAACCAGUAACAUCUUGUAUGAAAUGGAAAGGUUAAGCCAUAUUACCUUGAUUUAACCACGUCUUGCGUGUGCAUGUUUUGUCUGUAAAUUAUGAUUUUGUUUGCCAAAAAAAGAUUGUCUCUCUCUUACCUAGAACAUUUAAUUAUUACUGCCUUGAUGUGCUGUAGGAAUUUGAGAUAGAAUUUUAGAGGAGUUCGAGUUAACUGGGGAAGGUUUACACAUACGUUUUGUUUAAAAUCAUAGUUUUGUACAUUCUGUUUGAUUGUUGGAUGCUGCAUGUUUUAUGCAACAAAAAACUGUACAACAAAAAAGUGCAAAUACAGUGUAGGGCGCCACUAUCACAAACACAGUGAUGUGAAUAAUUACCAGCAGGAUGAUGAGCUUCUAAAACUCACAGAAAAAUAAAAAAAAAUAUCAUCGUGCAAAACAGCUUUGAUUUUCAAUAGAUAAAGGAUAAAAAUGGAACACUCACAAAUAAGAUGGCACAAUUGACAUAAAUCAAUAUGUGCAGAAGCGCAUUUUAGCCUGUAAUAGGCGAUUACCCCAGAUGCAGCAGUAUUUAUGGAGGUUUCAGUAAAUUGAUUCUGAUAUCUCUAGCUGCCGAAGACUUUCCUGGGCUGUAUACGUGCUGUAUGGGUGCUCAACGCUUUUCGUCUCUGUGUAGUAGACUUCCUCAGGAGCAUGUUGUGUCGUCUGUGACCGGCGGUUUAAAUCUGCCGGGUCGCGUCCUCUUCCGGUAUGGGCGGGACGUGACGUCAUUACGCCUACGUCUGCCCCCCACGCCCGUUCCACUGUGGAACGCGAAUUAACUUUAUUUAUAUUGGCACAAUGGACCGGACUCUGCUGCUAUGUAACAGAUGCCGGUCUGUAGCCCUAUGCCUCAUAACAUAAAACCACCAAUCUAUUUCAUAUGUAAAACAUCACUCUAUAUGUGAAAGGAAUAUUUAUAACUGCAUUUAUAUAAAAUAAAGACUGUAUAGGUGCAUGCAAAUUAUAGAUUGGUGGAGUAAUAAUUAAAAAGCAGGAUAUGUUACAAACACACAGUAUGUUACAAAGACACAAUAUUCAAUAAUAAAGGUGACAGUACCCAUCAAUAAAUAAUAUUCCAAAUUGUCAAUAAUCAACUUAAAAUGACAUAAAUAUUUCAAAAGUAUUUAAAAACAAAUUCCUUUAUCAGACCGGGACCGUUGUAAUAUCAGUAGUGCAAAUCUUAACUUAAUGUAUUGGACGGCAUUCAAGACAUAAUUUUUUUAAGACAUAGUUUUUAAAGGAGCAGAGUAAAGAAAAAAUAGAAAAAUUGGAUAUACACAACCAUAUCAAUAUAAGAAAUAAAAAACAUUAUCCUUGGCGUAACCCUAGAGGAUACAAAGACUGAGAUAGUUAUAAAAUAUAAGCAUAGAAACCUCAUAUACAAAAACGCCAUAUAAAAAUAGAAUACAAAAUUAUAAACUGCGAAAAAAAAUUAGACUCUCUCGUCUGGAAUAGAGGUUUUUAAUUUUAAAAAUCCAUUCAGACUUUCAUGGCAAGUUACUUUUCCGUGUCACUUCCUCUCCAAUGGGGGGUGACAAUGUCAAUACCAAUGCAACUAAAAUUUUCAAAUUUAAAUUUAUUGCAAUGCCUUGGUACAUUAUGUUUGACAUUAUUUCUCUUGAUGCCAUUAAAAUGUUCUAGAAGUCGCACAUGCAAUUUUCGUAUAGUGCGUCCUAUAUAUUGUAUGCCACAUUUGCACUGUAGCAGAUAGACCACAUUUUUACUUUGGCAGUUUAUAAAAUGUUUAAUAUUAAAAGACUCCCCUGUACUAAAACUUUUUUAAAAUCCACUGUUUUAUACGGUUGAAACUUGCAGGUGCUGCAUCUGCCGCACUUGUAAAAACCUUUUGAUUUUUCUCUUAGAAAACUAUUUUUAGGGGUCAUUGGGUCUCUGCUUGUUCUCAGUUCUUUUAUUUGUUUUAUCACUGUGCUGAAAGGUUGUUUUGAUUUAAAGAAUGUUUUAAAUCGCUAGUCAGUAAGUCUCCAUUUUUGAUAGUAGUUGGUCUUUAAUAUUUGCAUCCAGAUGAAGAAUUUAUAUUUAGUAUAAUACUCUGUCAGAUAGCUAAAACCGCUAUAUCGCAACUGAUUUUAGUUCGAUAGGUUAAUUGCUCAUAUUUGGAGAAUUAAGUAAAUUGCAUUAUUUAUUAUGUAUUUCAAAUUGUAGUCACUCCGUACAGCCUAAAAAGGAAUAUUUGCUUAUUUCAACUAAUUUCUUUUUAGCAACUGUAUAAAAAUGCAGUGUUGUGCAGUAACAAUGACGAAUAUAUAUUAUUGCUCAUGGCACCAUAAUCUUAAAAAAAAAAAAAAGAAGAAGAAUUAUGGUGAAAUAAGAACAGUUUGCCAACCUGAAAGUUCUGCCUCUUCAAACAUGUUCUUUUCAUCACAGCUCUUCUCGUGAUGUUUAAAUCGGGCUAGGUCUUGUAUUUCUUUGUUGCCUUUUGCACGAAUACCUGCUUUACAUAUAGGUAUAUAUUCCAAAACUGGAAAUUCCUAUAUAUAAAUGGGUAAAAAUCUUGUACGUCCUGCUGGCAUUUUUCUCUUCAAGGGAGGGAAUAAAGAACUUCAAGCUAUAUGUACAAAGAUCCCAAGGUUUGUAAGCUGCUCCUGUUUUACUCUUCCCUCCUCACACUUAGUGUUUCACUUCACUUCAAUGUUGAAGCCUAGCACUUAACCUGUUAACUCUAUUACAGCAUGCUUUGCCAUCCUGCGACAGGCUUAAAUGCUAUUCGGUUGGCGCAGCACACUCCUUGCGUUUUAGCCCUACCCAUGCUAAAUAUUGCGCUCGGGGGGUCUUGACUGGCACCCCAGGCAGUCCCGCUGCAGCCAAUCGCGGCCAUCUGCAGUCAGUCAUUGCGGUGAAAGCCUGUCAUUGUGAUUACUGUUAUAAUGUCUCAGCCGAUGAUUUGUAACAUUGGCUAAGACAUUCUCUGUCCUCUCUUCUCCUGACUUUGAUCUGAGGCAGGGGAAGCAGAGAGAUCAUUGCCUAUGAUCAGUCUGAUUAGGGUGAUUAGUACCUUGGUACUAGAUAUAGAUAGAUAGAUAGAUAGAUAUAUUUAUAUUAUUUUUUUAAGGUACUGUAUUGGUGAUCAAUGUAUUCAGAUGACUCUCAAGCUGGGAUUUUUUUGAGGAUUAUUUUUAUUUAAAAAAAACAAACCUUUUUUGUACUGAGCGCAGCUGUUUAAUUUGCGGUCAGUAAUUCUAUUAAAAUUUUGGGGUUGUGAGUUUUGGUUUUUUUUGGGUGGAAGUGGUAAUUGGGGAAUGGAUGUGGCUAGAGUGUAUUAGUCAGGUAGGCAAAUAAAUAAAAUUAUCCUCUUGGUUAAAUACAAUUCGUCCCCCUAAAAGGGCACGCUACUAUACGACGGAGGAGGCGUUCGCCAUUCUGGCAGUCUGUGAUACUGACACUCACACAGUGACACUAUGACAACCUCUGACAUUGAGCUCCUAAGUUAGUCCUCUAGUGAUGGUGCCAUACCACCAUCUACAAGAAGGCACUUGGGGCCAGAGGAAACACGAGUACCCCCAAACCCGACUGUCCAAGAAAUAACGCUAUUCACGGCUACACCUGGCAUCAUAGAAACUGUAGUUGCUUGUGAGCCAGUGAAUUACUUUGGCCUCUUUAUGUCAGACAACAUGGUAUAAGAGCCAAGUAUCAAGUCCUAUUGGCACAAGCACCUCAUCCUGGCUACCUCUCUUUUCCCAGGGUUUUUGAAGAAGGAUUGCUACGAGCACAUGCUGCAAUUCCUCCAUUUUACCCAUUAUGUACUGUGUCCUCCUAGAAAAGACCCAUUGUUUGACAGGCUUUACAAAAUUUGUCCCCUUAGCCAACUCCAGUCUGACAAAUUUUCCCAAAAUUAUAUCCCAGACCAAAAGAUUUGUAUAGACGAAUCUCUGAUGAAAUAUAAAGGUAGAGUGCUUUUCACAAAAUAUAUCCCAUCAAAUCGGUCACAAUGCGGCGUCAAAUUUUAUGUAUCAUGGAAACCCACUACUGGUUAAUGCAUGGGCAUUUCGGAUUUAUCAAGGGAAAUAUAGCCUUCUUAACCCACCAGAUUGUGUUCUCUGAUCCUUCCCUUGUUAAAUAAGCUAUGACAACCUCUGACAUUGAGCCCCCAAGUGAAUCCUCUAGUGACGGUGCCCCACAACCAUCUACAAGAAGGUGCUUAGGAUACCCAUUGCCAGAGGAUACUCAAGUAAUUUAUUUAAAAUGUUAUUUUGUUUCGAAACCCGAGCUUGCGGCAUAGUGCGUAAAAAUCACAGAUGUUUUCCCCAAACUGACAAGUGGCAGAAGGAGUACAUGCUCCUUUUUAGCUAUGCCAGGAUGAGGUGCUGGCCUUUCAACUCACAGAUAAGAAAGAUGUAUACAUGCUGUUUGCAAUGCACAACGAAAGUACAGUGCCAGUGACUGUCUGUCUGAGGAAGAACUGAGCAGCUGGAAAAACCAAAAUGCAUUGUAGACUAGAAUAUGGGGGGAGUAGACUUGGCUGAUCACUGUACAGAGAGCCUUAUUUAGUGAAAAAGUAGGACCUGGUACAAAAAAAAUUGCAAUCUAUCUAAGCCAGAUUGAACUUUUUAAUUCAUAUUUGCUGUAAAGAAAAGCAGCUAUAGAUAAGCCAUACACCUUUCUUGAAUUUAUGUUGAAACUUUUGUCCAACUAUUUUAUUUACCCAGUCCCCCAAACCUUACUCUUUGGAAUCCAAAGAUGUCCAAAGACUUUGUGGUAAGCACGUUCAUGCCUGAAUCCUACCACCCUGUAAAAAGUCACCCCAGAGAGUUUUGUGUUUUCUACAAGAAAGGAGUCGAGAGGACUCCAGUUAUUACUGCCCUUCCUGUCCAUCUCUACCUGCCCUUAGUAUAACAGACUGUUUCAAAGUCUACCAUGCAGAGCAGGACUAUGGAAUCGCUCUGUAUGGGACAUGGUCAGUUUUUUUACUUUUCGGGAUUUCUGACCUCACCUUGUCCUGAUUACUCUUUCUUAGCUGCCUGUACCGACUUAUUGGCUUGUUUCACCCUGCUGUCCAGGCCUGCUAUUUAUGCAAACGAGGGCUUCAGUGUUUGGAUGCUUAGAGUUUCAGUCUGACCAAAUUUGAAACCUUGGACGAAAUGUGUUUGCAACACACAGACAAUAUUGUGACUCUGUGGUUGAAAGUGAAAGCUGCAUUUGCAUCUUUACCUUCCAAGGAAAUAGCAACAUUUAUUUCCAAACCCUACAACAGCACAGAUAAUUAUUAAUGAUCUGUCUGAAUGCAGGUUAUCAUUUAAAAUAUUCUUGCUUAAAGGGGGACACUGUAGUACCUGUAACCUUUUCAUCUUUUUGAAUUGGCUAUAGUACCUGGAGUCUCCAGGCACUGUCCUAUUCAGUGUUAUACCAUGUGGGUGGCAGGUCCCUGGCCACCCACAGUCUGGCCCAUUCUGGAGGUGUGACUAAGACAGAGAUUACUCACUUCCUUGUAGUUAUACCCGUCAUAACGUUAGUUGGAGCUCUGAUAGGUUAAAGCAGUUAGCUGGCACUCUUAGCCAAUCACAGCUGCCCAUUGAUGCUCAUGCUAAUACUUCCUCAUUAGCCAAAGCAGAUCACUGCUUAAUGUUGAAUUAAAUAAUGCCACCAGGAGAUUCAAGACACGAUAGCUAGUUUAAUGAGAUAAAGCCGGUACAGUGCCUACAGUGUCCCUUUAUCUCCUUAGCGAUGGUGUGCAUUCUUUGCCGUCCUUAAGGUGGCAGUCCUAAACGCAGCAGGGCGGCAGAGAAGAUCUCCGCCAGUGGUCGAAAUCCUGGGGAAUGUCUGAGAGCCCAGGCAGUCCCCCUCUAGGAGAUUCAGCCCUCUCUGGUCACGUGAUCGCGUGGUCCUCAUGAUGACAUGGCUUUCUGCAGCUCUCCCUGGAAUAUCAGGCAGUCCCCACUAUGCCUGUUAAAAAGUUCUAAAACCGUUUAUUAUUUCAAUAAAUAUUACUUAAAAAUUUUUUUUAUAUAUAUAUAAUUUUUUUUUAAAGUAAUAUUCAUUGAAAUAAUAAACCAAAUAAUAUUUUAUUUUAUCUAAUACAUAUACAUAUAUAUAUAUGUAUAUGUAUUAGAUAAAAUAAAAUAUACAUGUGUAAUUUCGUUUUAACUAUAUUUUGCUAUUACUAUAUAUAUCUAUAUAGAUAGAUAUCAAAAUACACUUAGAAUGACAUUACAAAAGAGUCAAAUAUAAGGUUUGCAUUUCAGUUUUUUUACAUUGAAAUUUGCCAGAUUGGCUAUGGUGCUUUUCUAUACUGAAGUAUACCUGGUGGUGCAAGGACAAGUGCGAUCAGCUGACAUUCAGCCAAUCAGAGAGCCAUGCACUGCCGAGCUUUGGCUCAGGAGAGCUAACAUAAAGCAAUAGCUUCCAGCUCUCACAUACGCCUGCAGAUCAGCACCCAGUGGAACCCCAAGUUUAAAACUGCUGAAUGAUAAUAAAAAUCCCAAUAUGCUACAUGCCGUUUUCAGUGCACAGUAGAUUUCUGGUAACAUGCCACUUUAAAGAUUUAUUGUAAAUCUCUAAAUUAAGUGAAUCGUAUGCUUAGAGCAAGAUGCAAAACCAUUUCAUGAGAAUUUGGAGACAAAGCGAAUUUCUGCUAAAUUUCUGCAUACACAAUAAGCAGCUUAUAUGGAAUAUGAUACCUACUUGCGUUAAGGUUGAUCUCUUUGAAAUGUAGUCAUAAUCUGACUCCUGUGGUGUAUGCUAAGUGGCAGAGAGUUUUGAGGUCAAGCAUUUGAGAAAGAGUUUAUUUUAUGCACUUAAAAGUACUGCACAUUAUUAAUCAUCCUUUUUAUUUUCUUCUAGGUUUAUCAGUCCUGGCUAGACAAAUCUACCCCUUAUACAUCUGUGCGAUGGUUGAUGACUCUUGGGCUAAGUUUACUAUAUAUGAUAAGGGUGUAUAUACUACAGGUAAGUUGUUGUUUGUUUGUUUGUUUGUUUUGUAGGUACAGUUUCCUUUGUCCUAGUGUAGCUUUUUUUUCCAACAUGCUGAUGUUUAAAAAAGGUAAAUGAUACUAUAUAUAAACUAUAAACAUUUAUAUCCUGGCAUUUAAAAAAUAAUCAAUCAGACGAUGUAGAGAAAUGGUUUACUGGUGGCCUUAAAAUAAUGUUCCUUUGCAAUGAAAUCCGAUAAAUGUGGUAUUGGCUUGAAGAAGAAAGAAAAAAACAUUUCAAGAGGAAGUAAUUAUGGUGGUGGGGGUAUUAAGAUGCUGUGAUCAGGAAAGUGGUGCAAAUAGACGGAUCACCAAAGAUUAUACCUGCGUAUUGCACUCUGUCCCACAGAGACUGGCCAUGUUGCAGCACUUUUCUGAUUAUGGUACUUUGAUAAAUCUCACAUGUUGUGUUUCAGGAACCAGGGAAACAACAAGUACAAAACGUGCAGUCUGAUAGUAGCAUUGUGCAAAACUCAUCCUGACUUUUUUGCAUGGUGCUAGAUACUUGACUGCUGCAGAAAAGCAGUGUCUGCACCUUAGAUACAAAGCCUUUCUUUUUCACAAGGAAGUGGUUAGCACUUAGAAGGCAAUGUGCUGGUUAACAAGCAUAUCCCCUAAAUGCCAGACCAGCUUUUUCUCAGACAUGCAAAUGAGAAGAGCAGCAGGUAUUUAUGGGAUCUUUGCAGCAAUAUCAGAAAGCUUAAAUCUAGCUGCACAUCUCAUGCACCCAACUCCAUGAUAUCCCUAAAGACUUGUUUCUUUACAUUAGAAGCAUCAAUAUUAAAGGGAAGCCACAGUGGUUAAGAUUCUGCAGAUAUUGUUUUAUUUCUUUAAAGUUUCUGUUAAUCAAUAGUGCAGAUAUUUUCCAUCCCAGUGUAGGACUGAAUUUUAUAUUCUUUUACACACUUUUUAUUGUUUUUAAUGCCAUUUUCUUGCUCACCAUUUGAUUUAACAAGGUAUUUGUGUAGCCUGUCUUAAAUUGCAUAUAUUUAGAUUACAUUGAUUCAUUUUCAUCCACCGUACUAUUGCCAGUCAGAUACAGUAGUUUUGUUGCAUUGCUCAAACUAUUUUUCUAGACUGUAUGAAUGUUCUUUAUUGUUGAUUUAGCUAUUCAUGUAUUUGAGGUAUGUCACGACGGCUGAAGUUUUAUUUUUGAAAACUGCUAAUUCUUUUAAUAUAUCUUUCUUUCCUUAUAUUGAAGGUCAAGAAUAAGAAAAUAAAAUAAAUAUAUUAAAGAUUAGCUGUCACUUGUUCACAAGUUCCCAAUUGAUACUUUUUAUUUCUGAACUGGCAAGGCAUUUAAAUUAAAUCCUGCAGCGCUGUGCAUGCAUCACAUGAACACUUAUGAAAGAAUGCAAUUCCUGGCAUCUUUCGUUAGCUGCCAAGUUGUGCUUGAGGCAUCAUGGGUCGGCAAAAUCGCUCUAAACAUGGAACUGCUGCAAAGUGAUAUUUUUUAUUAUUGCCAUUACUGCAUUGUUCAUUUUCAGCAACAAAAAUAAAAUUCUUAAAGGGACACUGUAGUCACCAGAACCACUACAGCUUAACUUAUUCUGGUGUCUGUAACCUGCAGGCUUUUCAAUGUAAAGACUGCCUUUUCAGAGAAAAAGUGUUAACAUUGCUGCCUAGUAACACCUUUACUGGCAGUCACUCUGUGAAUAAAUGUAGUACCAAUACUUCACCCCUUGGGAGAUCAUAGUCAGACAGUUAGAUAGUAACUGAGAAGGAUAUGACACACAGGCUCGACCAAAAUAAAAUCAAACGGGCUGAGGAGCUGUGUCCCUGAGAGGUUGUAACCUGCACGAGCCAUGGACAACAGGCUAAACCAAGCAACGAGUAUCCCUACUUAUUCGUUAGCCUUUUGGGAUGUUAAUCCAUUAUCUGAUGCACAUAAGUGAGUAGAAAAAUAAGUGAAGUGAAAAAAACACCAACUGAACGUGCGUUUCACCCACUACGUUGGGAUCAUCUGGAGGUGAAAUGCGCAUAGUGUGUGUUCUUUCACUUUUUCUCUACUCCCUUAUGUGUAUCAGAUAUUGGUGUAUUUACUUAUUUUUAGUAUAUUUGCAUCUUUUUUUCUUUUUGAUAUAGAUUUUUUUCAUAUAGAAGGGCUUAAACUCCAUGGUUGAGUGGACAAGGGAAUUAGACUCUAGGAACUCUUUGCUUAUGGCAGUGCUAGUAACUUAUUAUACAGAGAUCCUCUGUCUAGAGCUGACCAUUCUCCAACCAGGAUACUCAGUUUAUGGAGUUUUCUCCAGGGAUGUGAGAUGUUCUGCUGUGGACUCAUCUUAUAAUAUAGGCUGUAAGCACUCACAACCAUGGCAAACCACAUAGAAGAGAUGCAGAAAAGUGGGUUUUGUAGAAUCAAUCCAAUUUAUUAAAGUUCUAAAAAUGUAUAAACGGCUUAAAAAAAAAAUGUAAAUUCCAUUGAGGAAACAAUAAGGCACCCUGGAGAGGUAAAAAAAAGUGUAGUUUUCACAUCCAACCAUGUGGCUAAUGAAUAUUAUCUCCACCUUUCCUGGUACCUAACUCAGCCUGACACGCGUUUCGCACAAACAGUGCUUCCUCCAGUCGAGAUUAGCUUUAUUUGCACACAGCCUGAAUAUAUAUCAAGUUCUUCAUGGUUGACUGCUGUUGAAAACCUGAUUCGCAUACGAAAUGAGGCAGAUUGUGAUUUCACAAUAAUUGUAUAAUUGAUUUCUAGGUGUGCACAUAAAACAGAAUCUCAUUAUAAGCAAAUCACUUGGUCAAAUAACAAUCACUUUGCAAUAAAAGGCAAUAUAGCAUUUGAAAAUGCAAUGUAUGUUAGUAAAACAAAAACAAACCCAUAUAUCAGGGAUAAGAUGUCCAUAUCACUUAAAGAUCAUGUGGCGGACCUGGCAUCAGUCCCUGGGGUUGCCCGAACCCAUAUUACCGUAAGUUCUCACAAACAAAUCUGUAUCCCCCUAUUAACUUAGAACACUGACCACCCCUGGCUGUUAACCGCAGUUAAGGAAUACUUGAGUGCUUUCCCUGGACCAUUUUGUCUGCCGAACGCAGACAGCGGUAUUUGGUCGUCGAGUGUGUGGAACUGAUUUCGGCUACACAUUCUCGCGAACCCUGGUCAAAAUGGUACUGCUGCCUGUAUACUUUCCCGAACAACUACACAAACCACAAGACCGGCUACAGCAUUGGAUGCUCUGGAACUCUUUUGGAGCAUCACCUCGUGGCCGGCCAGUGAAAUCUUCUCCCGAAUAGCGAUCUCGUCCAACCGAACCAAUCUGAGCCCUUUUCGGAUAUGUUGUGCGCUCAGAUUCAGGCUAUUCGGGGAUAUAAGAAUUGUGGGGUUCCUGUACGGUUUUAAUAUGUUUUUUGGGUGUUUUAUAAAAAGUAUAUAUUUUAUGUAACUGAGAGAUAAUUAAAAGGACACUAUAAUCACCCAGACCAUUUCAGCUCAAGUAAGUGGUCUGGGUGCAAUGUGCAGGUUUUAACCCUUCAGAUGCAAACAUAGCAGUUUCAGAGAAACUGCUAUGUUUACAUUGCAGGGUUAAGACAGCCUCUAGUGGCAUUUUAUGCCUCCAUCACGUAGAGCGUCCAUAGGAAAGCAUUGGAAAUGCUUUCCUAUUGACAGCUUGAAUACGCGCGCGGCACUGGCCACGCAUGCGCAUUCGGCUCCGCUGGAGUUGGCAGAGGGAGCUGACAGCGGAGGAGAGGUCACCAGCGCCGAGUGCUGGAAUAAGGGAAGCUUCUGAAGGGGGACCCUGAAGGUUUGUUUUCCUGACACUAUAGUGAUCCUUUAAGGUAUCUAAAAUUCCCAGCCCAAUUAUCUCUAAGUGCAUCUUGAGAAAAUUCCCUGUAAACUUGUCCUGGAGACCUCAUACUAUGGGGCUUUGCAUAAAAAGCCGUGUGUGGGCUAAUAAAAAUCUGUAGACUCCCAGAACUGUGUGUCGUCCAGUUACUGGGGGAAUGGGCGAUAUCUACUAACAAGCUCAUCUCUUCCAGCUCCAGAGGAUCCCAGUGGAGAUACUCAGUCUCAGCAUUGCAGCUCUGCUACAGAUCAAACUAAAAUAAUACAUAUACCUGCUCUAUAUGGAAAAAAAUACACCAAUAUAAAAGUUCAUGACUCUAAAGAAAACAAGUGAAUUUGGCAGCACUACUCCAUGUAAAAACCACAAAUAAAUAUUGAAUUAAAAUAAAUAUAAUGAACAUUUUGAAAAACAGCCCUAUUUAUACAAAAACAAAUGAGCUAUGGAUACAGACACAACUCUUAAAGAGAUAAGUCUUAACACAAACAGCAUUUAUUUAUAUGAAGGGCAGCAAAAAGCAACAGAUAAAGUGUGUAUGAUCCCUAUUCAAAUAAGGGGCAAUAAAAAAAAAAUGUCAGUGCAAGUGAUCGAAGUAUAUAAACCUAUUAAUAAAAAAGGGACCGCAAUCUCCAUGUAGAAAAAAAAAAGGGAAAAUUUUACACAAAAAACAAAAUUAGCAUUAAGGAAUCUAAUUUAAAAAUCCAACACCUAUCCUAUUGACCUAGCCUGUUUGGAAAAGCAUCCCCCUCCAAUUUCUCCUAAGUUUGUCUAUUCUUGUAAAACUUGUAUGUUUAAGGUUGCUAUUGUAGAAAUGUUGGAAAUGUACAGGGACCCUGAGUCUGGAGCCCAUUUCUAACCAUUGUACCAUUAUUGUGCAACCACAAUCUGCCUCAUUAUGUAUGCAAAUCAGGUUUGCAACAGCAGCCACUGAUAAAGGAUUUAAUGAUGUAUAUUCAGGCAAGCACAUCUCGAUUGAUGGAAAAAUGAUUGGUGCGAAACGCGUCUCGGGCUAAGUCAUUUAAUUGGCCAGUUAUUUAUUAGCCCAUAAAUAUUUUUUGUUCCCAAUUAAUAUAAACAUAUAAUUUUCUUCUUUUUUUUUCCGCAGGGUUGGUACAUAGUGACGUAUGCCUUGGGUAUAUACCAUCUAAAUCUCUUCAUAGCAUUCUUAUCUCCGAAAGUAGAUCCAUCCUUAAUGGAAGACUCAGGUAUGACCACACUGUUUUGUGUACUAGAUUGGAAUACCCCACCCCCCCAGAGUUAAACAUAUAUCCGUUAGGGGCCUCUUAUCAUGUAACCUUAUCUUUAGCGUCUAAUUAAGUUCUGUGACGUAGUCUAUUGUACCAGCAUUCUCCACCACCAUUCGCUUAGAUAUUGGUACAGCAUCUAAAUUGCAUCCACUACAGCCUUCGCUUUUAUAAAAUGUACAUGUGACCUUUUAUAAAAUGUCGGGGUUUCUGAGGUUUUUGACUAAAUGUGUUCAUUAAAAAAAGAUUAUGGGAAAAGCUACAUGUAUAGCUAUAGGCAAUUAACUCCGCUAAGUGUUCCAUUUUCUACAUUACUGCUUAUGCUGGUUUACAGAACAGUUCCACACGUCAUUUAAUUAAUUCACUUACUGCUGAGUGACGAGAUACUUACUCCGCAGCAGCAGGGACUUAUGGGAAACCUACAUUUUACACUGAAGGCAAUGUUAGAGCUAGUAUUAGGUGCUAAAGCUCAGCCUUUUUCUGGUCCCUAAACCACCUACAGAUUUACAAAAUUUCUAACUGUUUUGUGUAUUUUAAUGUAUGUGUUUUAGUUGCACUUUUUCAGUACUCCACUGAGAUUUUUAAGAGUAUAUCAUGACAUAUUUUGUUGUAUUGGUACAGAUGAGGGGCCAUCAUUACCCACUAAGCAAAAUGAAGAAUUUCGCCCUUUUAUUAGAAGAUUACCGGAGUUUAAAUUUUGGUGAGUAAAUCACAUAUGUAGUUAUAUUCGAAAAUGAUUUUGAAAUGAGAUUUCACAUAUCUGUUUCUGUUGUGGAGUCAAGAUUAGACAACAAACUCCACCUCCAGUGGCAUCAAUUGCCCUGUCUGGAAUAAGAGUUCUGGGAAGGCUAAUGCCAAUAUUGUGCAUAUUUGAAGUCUGUCACCAGCACAUACAGCAUACUGGCGACAACCAAUGGCAGCAUGAUUUCCCCUCCAUGCUGCCCAAGUACUGGAAAACUUGGCCUUGGCUUGUGACUACAGGUACAUUUUAACUUUAUUUUUUUUAAUGGGGGACCAUGCCACCAUUGCUUAUUACAACCGAAAAGAGUGUUAUGAUAACAGUUUUUAGUUAGACUAGCCCUUUAACUUUUUAACUUGCUUUCUGUAAGUCAUUUCAAACCGCUAUAAUCAUGUUAAACCUAUUCCACAAAAGCUGGAUUACUGCAGGUUAUCAAUCACCAGUUUUGAGUUACUAUCUUAAUGUAUUUCGCUAGCAAAGAUCCAUUUUAGUUUUACGUUGAAGAACGUGUUACUGACCUACCAUAAAUCUGCUUUUCUCUUUGCUUUUAAGGCACUCUGCUACUAAAGGUAUCGUCGUUGCCAUGGGAUGCACUUUCUUUGAAGCUUUCAACGUGCCCGUAUUUUGGCCCAUUCUUGUCAUGUAUUUUAUAAUGCUUUUCUGUAUCACCAUGAAGAGACAAAUCAAGGUGAGGAACGUACACUUGACAGGGCUGUUCUUAAUGGUAGGAUGUUAAAUGACAGACAGAGGCAGCUCCAUUCUAUUUGUUAUCAUAAAACCCAAGUAAUAAGGAGAGUGCAUUUCUGAGCCUCCAGCACUGAAAAUAUUAGGGUGAUGUUCUGUACUACGGGGAUUUUAAAAGGCAGCAAUGCUUAUUAUUAAGGCCUUGCUGUCAUAACUGCCUUUUCAAAUUUCCUACAUUGUAAAUUAGUCCCUUGAUCUAUAGCUUGAACUAUUCAAACAGAAAAUCUCCAGCUGUUGGCAAACUACAAUCUGAUGACCCUUUAAAAGCCAAUUGCUGCAUCGUUGACUUGGGAAGGUUCAUGGGAGUGUAUAAGUUACUAAUAACUGGAUGUGUAGUAUUUGAGUACAUGGGGCAAUCAUGGCUAAUCAAAGCAUAUGUUUGAUUUACAAACCUCUACAAGGCAAUAUUAUCCAUGAUUGACCUGGGAUCUGUAGCAGUGGUUGACCAGUCUUGACCCUCCAGCUGUUUGACCACAUUACGACAGCUACGACUGGCAGAAGGAUUCCAGGAAUAUAGUCUAAGAGAAACCAGUAGGUCACAAUAAAUGUUGUUGCUGGAAUCUGAUCCUUUUUUUUUUUUUUUUUAUCAUCUUUUCCAGCACAUGAUUAAAUACAGAUAUAUUCCAUUCACACAUGGCAAAAGGAAGUACAAAGGCAAAGAAGAAACCGGGAAGCCCUUCUCCAGUUAAAAGAAACUUAUUGCCCUUUUUGACUUUCUUAUGUAAAAAAUUAAACCAACAAAAAAAAAAGGAAAAAAAAAUUGUUUUUGAGCCAUUGUAACAAUGCCUUUUGUCAACACAGGUACAGGUGAUUUUAAAAAACUGGUAGUGCUUUAUUCUUAUGUUUUUUUUUUUGUUUUGUUUUUUUUAUUUCUUUUCUUAUCAUACGUUUCCUCUGUUGGGAGAUCUAAGCAGUCCUCUGCGAACACCAUAAAUAGGACUGUUCAUCUAAUUGACGUUUGAGUUUAUUUGCACAUUAAAAUUGGGCAGCUGAGUUCGUACAGGUUUCUGAUGCUAAUUCUGCUUCAUUUACAUGUCAGAAUCUAGCAAACACAGAAUACAGAUUUAAAACACUCGCCUUUUCUUUUGUUCCAUAAUACAUUUUUUGCAUUGCAUACAUUUUGAUUGAAGCCGCCCCCAAAUCAUAAACUGUUCCUCGGUGACUUAAUAUUAACCCCCAUUGUGCUUUCUAAAGUUUGCAAAGAGGAAGGGUGACCUUUUAAACUAAUACAACACUGUGUAUGCAAAGUUUAAUUUCCUAAAUGACAAUUUGUGAUUAAGUGACAACCAACUUGCAAAAUGUAGGCUUGAUAUUUUUCCAUUAUCCAUUGCUUUGGCCUCAGUUUAGUAAACUGGUUGUCCAUUAAGCCCAACAUAUUGUUAUAAUGAAUAAAUCAUAUAAUGUAAUGCUGGUGUACAUUCUAGCAGACUAUGAAAUGUUCAAUGCAUGUGUUGGACACACAUUUUAAAGAAACUAUCUUUGGAUUUAGGCCAAGUCAAGUAAUAAUGUGCAUUGAGUCUGGUGCACACUAUUCAUAUGCCAGUAAUCAGAUUGUUUAAAAUAAAUAUUAAAACAAAAAACACUACCAACCUGAACUUUCAUUAAAUUCUUAUUUAAAUGCCAUUGGAGCCAUAUUUUUUAUUUUAUUUUUUUAAUUUUUUGAAUGUCACUAAGGAUGUUUCCCCAUCACAUGAUUUAACUGCAUUAUCAAGUAGACAACCCUAUACAAUAAUAUAUAUAUAUAUAUAUAUAUAUAUAUAUAUAUAUAUAUUAUUAUUAUUAUUUUUUUUUUUUAAUAAAGGGACACUAUAGUCACCAAAACAACUUUAGCUUAAUGCAGCUGUUUUGGUGUAUAGAUCAUGCCCCUGCAGCCUCACUGCUCAAUUCUCUGCCAUUUAGGAGUUAAAUCCCUUUGUUUAUGAACCCUAGUCACACUUCCCUGCACGUGACUUGCACAUCCUUCCUAAACACUUCCUGUAAAGAGUCAUCUAAAGUGUAUCCUUCCUUUAUUGCAAGUUCUGUUUAAUUUAGAUUUUCUUAUCCCCUGCUAUGUUAAUAGCUCGCUAGACCCUGCAAGAGCCUCUUGUAUGUGAUUAAAGUUCCAUUUACAGAGCAAGAGAUAAAAUUGUUUAUGGUGAAUUACAUCUUAUUGAAAGUGAAACCAGUUUUUUUUUUUUUUCAUGCAGGCUGUGUCAAUCAGAGUCAGGGGAGGUGUGACAAGGGCCGCAUAAACAAAAAAAAAGUGAUUUAACUCCUAAAUGGCAGUGAAUUGAGCAGUAAAAUAGAGAGGCAUGAUCUAUACACUAAAACUGCUUCAUUAAGCUAAAGUUGUUUAGGUGACUAUAUUGUCCCUUUAAUACAAAACAUAUACCAGUGUAUUUUGGCUAGUGAUUAUGUUUUUAUCACCAUGAUUCAAACAAAUAAGGUAUGCUGUGUCUUUAAAUCAAUUCUACAUAUAUGUGACUUGAUUAAAACAAUAAAUAAUUCUAUAACACACGUCCAAUAAAGUGCUUUGUGCGAACGUGAUCACCACUAAUCCUUGUGAUUAAACGCUUAGAUAAGCAGUCUGAUUAACAUCUGUUUCUGAUAAAAUUCCACUCCUGAUGGUAAAACACAGAUUUUUUUAUAUGUAUGAUGGCAUACCUAUUAUUGUCUCUGUAUAUUUUCAUAUAGGUGUAAUAAGUACAAGUAUGUAUUUGUUUAUAAUGUCUGACCAAGAGGUGUUCGAUUUGGUUAACCUGUAUAGAUUUUAUAUCAGAAGGAUGGACUUUAGUAUAAGCACGCCUUUUUAGGGUGGUCCGAGUGGUAUAAAUAGGAAGAUACUGUACUGUGUGUGAUUUGAUGAGGCCACAGGAGUGGUGAAAUGAGUCAUCACGCACAUAUCAGGAUGCCUCACCUUCCACCCCCAACGAAGCAGGACGAGCAAUUUGGAAGUGUUCGGGUGCCGUAUACAGACUAUAUAGAUUCUUUCUGACUGAAGCCAAGAACUUUUAUCAGAUAGGCAAUAGAAGAGUAGUCUACUGCUUGCGCAUUUUAACCAAUUAAUAAAGUCGUCUUCAAGUCAUCUAUCGCUUCUGUUUGUUGUAUGGGGUACCACCAAACCUGGACUAAUACAUUUGGAGCCUGUACAGUUUGAGCAUUGAAAGAUUUCCUUAUUCCCGUAGGUGUAUAUAUAUAUUUUUUUUAAUUUCUUUUUCUUUUUACGUGUAUGUGCGAUUAUUAUAGAGGCCACUGCUUUACAUAAGUGUUUAAUCACAAGGAUUUGUGGCGAUCACGUUAGCUCAAAGCACUCUAUUGGACACUUUUUUUUGUGUCUAACGAAUUAUUCACAGUUUUAACAAAGUCACAAAUAGUUAUUGAUUUAAAGAAACAGCGCACCUUAUCGGGUUAAUCAGUAUAAUAUAUUUAGUGUUUUGGGUUAUUACACUAAUUAGGUUGCUACUAUUGAAAAAAAAUUUAACAACGCAGUUUUAUCACUUUCUAUUGGUUUCAUUAUGUUUUAUCACCAUGUUUCAACAGCACAAUGGUAUGCUUGUCCUUUAAGAUUGUAUGUAGGUUUAACUUGCUGUGUGCCAGAGGGUUGUGCAAAUGAGUUAAUAUUUUUAAUCCUCUAGAGGACGUAGGAUUAUGGGUAUUGUAGUUUAUAAGUAGCUUGAUGGCUGCAGGAUUACCAGGUCUGCUUUGUUAACCUGAUGUGUAGAUGAUCAUGAGAAUGUUAUAUGGAGCAACAGGACCUUAUCUAGCAAUUGCUAAAUUAGAGCUUUCAGUUAGAUAAAGACUGGCUUAAGCCUUAACUGGAAGAUCUCAAGUUAGACCAGUGAUGGUACAUAAAAUGAAUGUGAUCUCCACAUUUUAACAACCAACUGCCUACAAAAAAUGUAGAUCAAUGUAUGUUUAUAACCAAUAGUUUAUCUUUUCCUAGACCUGUUAUACAUAUACCUGUAUCAGUUUGUCUCAAGUACCAUUUAGUAUAUAGCUCACAUGCUGACAUGUCUAAUAUCUACAUUAGCUAGUAAUUUAUUAAAUGCUGCGCUAUCCAAACUUUAUUUCUUAUGUUUUAGCACUUUAAAGUACACCCUUGCUUUGGUUUUUGAAAGAGACACAGUAUUUAAAGGGGCACUGUAAACACCAUAACUACUACAGUUCAUGGUAGCAAUUAAAGGAACACUCUACACACACAGCAGCUGGCCAGUCAUAUUUAUGGCAGUUUAUGAAAGUGCUGAUUUCAAUAGAAAUCUAAAUUUUUAUAAUUGGGCUAGAAACACCUCCAUGGCUGUCAAACGGCGUGCGCCUGCCUUUCGCUCUUCCCAGUGAGCUGUAUUACAGCUUAUUGAGGCGUAUUGGAAAGCCGCGAUUGCUCACUGAGAAGCCUCUGAUUGGAUUAUUCCCUACUGGGGAAAAAAGAGUUGACUUGCAAAGUCUGCAUCUGAGAGCUGCACGUUUUGCAAGCUGUUUUUAGAUAAACAUCCAAUGGAAAAAUAAAUGCAUGUGUGUUUUCAUUGGGGGUUUAUCGACUAAAGAGGGAUUUAAAAAAAUAUGGGGUAAUGGAGUGUUUCUUUUAAGUUGUAAAGCAGGGCUGUCCAACCUGCGGCCCCCCAGAUGUUGCUGAACUACAACUCCCAUGAUUCUUUCAAUUCAAAAGAUAGCCAGGGAAUCAUGGGAGUUAUAGUUCAGCACCAUCUGGCGGGAGGAGGGUUGGACAGCCCUGUUGUAAAUUGUCUCUAAGUGCAAUCCCCAUGUGUAAAUUGGACUGAUUUAAAAAAAAAAAAAAAAAAAAUGUAUUUCCCAGUUUCCACAGCCUGGCCAUUCUGCUGCUGUUCAUUUAAUCGUCCGUUGAUCUUUUGCCUUAGCCCAUUUAACUGCGGAUGGCAUCAGUGGAGCAUGUUGGCUGUGAUGUUAGUAUGUUGAGGGGAGGAUUGGCCCACAACUCAUAGCCAAUAAGUUAACUGAGCAUCAGCAGAAGUGCCAGGCUUUAGGGAAUCUUGUUUUGUUUUUUACACAGGUCAGAGGAAUGGCGACCCCGGGCUUAUUACUCAUCAGCAUGAGCUGUAUAGGAUAUGGAGUUUAGAGUGCCCCUUUAACAUGCUGUUUCAGAUACUGCAAGGCAAUGUUUGAUGGACAAACCUAAAUAAAGCUCCUCCACCUAGUAUAUAUUGCAAGAAUAAAUAGGGAGCCCUUACAUUUUCAAUGUCUCUUUAAACAUCAACAUAUGUGAUCAUCAACAAUGUGAACAAUUAUUUAUUCUAUAGUAUAAAUAGGGUAACUUUGGCCACCCAUUAAGGCACCUAUAUUACUUUGCAGGUUUUGGUUUUAAAUUCAUCUUUUGCCCUUCCAUUUUCUUUGUUUUUUUUAUUUAACAAUUAUACAUAAGAAAGAAUAGGGGCUACUUUAUUUUAGGGGUAGCAUAAUCUUUGGCAAUAGGCGAAGCUUAUGGGACCUAAAAACUUUUUUGGUCAUGUUUUAAAGGAGUAUAGAUUUUUUUUUUUUGUUUGGUUUUAAUGACGUAUAUGUAAACACUGGAGUCAACAGUGUUUUAAAAUACUGUCUGACCAAAGGUGAAUGUUUAAAGGAUCCAGUCAAUACUAGGAUAAAAAUUGUUUUUACAUAAUUAAAAUAAAAUCUAUUUUCUUUCAAAACAUGAUAAAAGGAUUAUUAUAAUUUAGAAAAAGAAAAAAAAGUUUCAAUGUGACUGUUUGUUCUAUUUAAUAAAGUCCCAUUUUAGUUGCCAAGCUAAUUUACCUGCAAUUAAGCAGUAGCUAUAAUUCCCCCAGAAAAGUGCAAACUGCAGAUACCCUGCACAGAGGGAAAACAAAAUAUCAGAGCCCAGAUAUCGAGAUCUGGCGCAAGAAAGAAAGCAUAUUAAAUAUAAAUAAAGCUACAUAGAAAAAGAGGGAGCAUAAUCUUUAGGAUUCAAUUGUCUUUCGGAAUGGAAAAGUAAAGAAUUUUUUUUAAAAAAUACUGCCCUUUUAAGAUAUAGUUUGUUACCCCCAUUCCACGCAAAAUAUUUAAAUAUGUUCUGGUUUCUGAAGCGUUGUUAGUGCCUUUUAUUCUUUGAAAGGGAAAAACUAAAAUAGCACCUAUAAUUUUAUGUUGUCAUACUGUCCUAUUUGAUAACAAAUGUUGUUUAGUUCUGUACCUCUAAUGCUGAUGUAGUAAAGCACUGGCCAAUGUCUUGUUGGUUUCCUUCCACUUCCAUGAGCCUUGCCGGCCACCGAUUUGUUUUCAGCUAGAAGUGAUUUGUAUUGCUCUUACAACUAAAGGCUUGCUUUGAAAUUCCCUUCCUCUAAUAACUUAGUUUUUUAUUCUUCGUAACUGACUGAUGGCAUACAAAUAAUUCAGCUUUUAUCUUUUCAUAUAAUGGUUCAAAACAAUUUUUUUUUUUUUUUUUUAAAGCUACUCUGAAUAUAUAUAAAUAUAUAUAAAUACUUAUUUUAAUUAUUGUUUGGAAUUGUUUUUAAACUUAUUUUUUUUGGUCUUUUCCCUCCAAAUGAAUUAAAAUGUAAGAUUUCAACAGGGUAGGGGCAAAAUACGUGUUGGUUUUUCAUUACAUUAUUUGGUUAAUUUUUUUUUUGUAUACAUACUGAUACAUAUGUCUGUUUCUUUGUUUAAAUGUAACGCAUAUAUUUAAAGACUAAUCUAGGCAUUUUGCUGAAGGGGGAGGCUGUUGAGUUAUAAAGGUGAAACCUAAAUAAGGGAAUGAUAUGGUGUAAUAAAUUUAGGUCCGGUUUAAAAUGUUAUGGCUGGAUAUGACAUUUCAGACAAAUUGGUUUGGAUUUGCAUCCUGGGCUAGGUGGUAGCCACAACAAACCUGCAUCUGUUAGCUAUAAGUCCCAUUAACAUUAAGUGGUUUGCUUUUUUGAUUUGUAAUGAUUUGAGCAUUGUCUGCUAACACCUAAAAGUCCUGUAUUUAAAUUCUGAAGUCAUAGGUGUAAAUAUUAAUGUCCUCCAAAAGAAAAAAAAAAUGGUUUGGUCACAUGCAUGAUGGACUUGUGCUACGGCCAGACAGAAGAAUGUGAAUGCUACAAAGUUCUCUGUUAUAAACAAUGCCCUACUACUUAUGGCACAAAAUUUUAUAUCUCGGGGCCAAAAGGGGCACUCCAGACUCCUAAAUCGUUUCAGUUUGCUCAAGUGCUUUAUGUGUGAAGAGUGUGUUGCCCCCUCCCCAAUAGAAAUUGGCACUUUAAAAUUAGCUUUGUUAAAUCUCCCUCCCCUUCCUGCCCCCACUCUCAAACAGACAACUGGUCCUGUUACUUCCUAGUUGCUUAGCUGAGUAGAUCUAAACUGAAUAGGCAGGCAGCUGCCCCAGGACACCUGCCUUGCAAAGGCUUUUCAUUUAGAAGUCUGUGAUUGGACAGCUACAGAAAGUCUAGUCUUGGUUAAAAGGGGAGAGCUUACAAAGGCUGCAGCCAAAAUAUUUUUUUUCUUAUAUACUCCCAAUGAAAAAAAAAAUAAUAAUCAAAUCCGGUUGUAUUUUAAUUAGGGGUUGUAUAUAUACUAAACAGUGAUUUUCAUUUUAUUAUUUGGGCAGUGGGUGUCCAUUUAAAUAAUUUAGGAAUAAAGUGAAUGCUGGGUGAUAAACAAGUCAUGCAGCCUAUGAGAAUAAUAGCAUUGAUCAAAUAUGAGUUAAAUUCUAUACAGAUUUUAUAGAUUCACUGUACAUUACUGGACACUUCUAAGGAUGUUUUAUUUAAACUAUAAUUCAGAAAUGCAUAUACAAUUUCAUUUACAUUAUUAUAGAUCUGGUUUGUUUAUGCUACAGGCCAAGUCUGAAAAGCAUUCUUUACUUUAUACAAUAGUGUGAGGGAACCAGGCAAAAUGUAAAACAGAAUAAAGAUUAAUAAACAAAGGAUUCCAAUUCCCACUCAGCGUUCCCGAUAAGCACUUUUUAUUUUUUUGUAACUAGUCUCACACUGAAACGUUCAAUAAACUCGUCAUAAAAGCUUUACCCUGCAUUUUAUGUAGAAACAAACUAAUUAAUUCAAACUGCAAAAUGUGGUUGUUAGAAAUGUUGAUUUGUUAACCGUUUCACCUCUGGGUCAUUCAAAAUUAUUAGUGGGAACAUUAUUCCAGUGUAUGAUUUCCUUUUAUAGUAGACCAAUGUUAUACUUUAUCUGGUUUGGGCAUUGCAUGGAUUGCCUUGGCAAAAUUUUGUAAUGUGUGCAUUAAUAUGUCUAGAAAUGGCAGACCAUCCAUACAAUAUUUUUUUUUUUUGGUUUGUUUGUUUUUUUUAAAAGAUAGAGGUAUUUUGAUGCUGGAUACAGUAAGUUUUUAACAGAAUGUUUUGCUGAUGCCUUCCCUGUAACAUGUACAUUUCUGACCAUUCACUGAAAAAUGUAAGACUUUCCAACAGGUUUCUAAAAUAAAACAUUGCCAAAUUAAAUUCUCAAAAUUGUAUUUUACAGUUCUCGGUGUAAUCUGAAAACGAAGCAGAUGCAAUUACGGCUUUAGUGUUAAUUCACUAAAGUAGGAAUUCCGACUUCUCAGUUUCGUAAAUAAACACUUUGUGUUGUAUAGAUCAGCGUUGGCUAUGAUGGCCAGCAGACACGAUGCCAUGCAGGAAACAGAAUUUAUCAUUACUUCAACCAACAUUACCACUUCUGCUUUUAGAAGUGAUCAUUGUGGUUGGAAUCUCUAUGUACUUUCUGCUUAGAACACUGCACAUACAGACAUACUAUUUUUUGUGCUGCUGUGGGCUAGUUACACCACCAGCACAUGUGGCUUAGUCAACAUGUAAGAAAGGGAAGCCUUUAUCUCCCCUCCCUCUCUCUCUCAAUUGACCCCUGCUUAUUUCUAAUAAUCCCUCCAUUUUAUUAAAUUUUUUUCCUAAUUCCCUCCAUUGGUUCAGAGCACGCACAUGCACUGGGAGGCAGUGAAAACGGUCCAAUCAAAUGCUUCUUUUUGAGAAGCAUUUGAUUGAAUGUCACAAGGGCAGUGGUUAUGUCGGAGCGGGUGCGGAAACCAGCACAGGGAGAUCUUUGCCCGGAGCUGGAUUCCAGGUACGUUUAUUGAUUAUUUUACCAAGCAAAAAGUUACCAAAUUA